CCUCACAGUUAAAGCACAAGCAGCAGCUGAAAGAGCUUCGUUGGAGAAAACCCAGGAACUCCUCAGCGGGUUGAAGGGAAGGGUCUUGCGGGAACCUGCACCCAGAGCCUCUUGAACCAGCAUGGCCGGCCUUCAGGACAACACUCUGCGGAUCGUUCUGGUGGGAAGAACUGGAAAUGGAAAAAGUGCUACAGCAAACACCAUCCUGGGGAAAAGAGUAUUUGAUUCUAAAGUGGCUGGCAGUGCUGUUACCAAGAGCUGUCAGACAGCAUCGAGGGCCUGGAAGGGGAGGAACCUUGUGGUGGUGGACACCCCAGGGCUCUUUGACACCAAGAAGACACUGCACUUCACCUGUCAGGAAAUUGCCAAGUGUGUCCUCCACUCCAGCCCCGGGCCUCACGCCAUCAUCCUGGUCUUACAGCUGGGCCACGUCACAGAGGAAGAGUACAGCACGAUGGAAUUGGUCAAGGCCAUCUUUGGGAAGCGCACCACUAAGCACAUGAUGAUCUUGUUCACUUGCAAAGAUCUACUGGACAAAGGUCAGGAGGUGAGUAGCUUUGUAAGAGGUGCAGAUGAACGCUUCAAAACCAUUAUCAGGGAGAGUGGGAAUCGCUACUGUGCCUUCGACAACAGAAGUGAAGACGAGGCUGAGAAGGAAGCUCAACUGCAGGAGCUGGUAGAGCUGAUCGAGGCAAUCGUGCAGGAGAAUGGAGGGACUCACUUUUCGGAUCCCAUCUAUGAGUACACAGCGGAAAAGGUAAAACGUCUGGAAGAGGCCGUGGAGAAAAUUCAUGCUGAGCAAUCAGAAAAACAAAAACAGAUAAAAGAGCUAUAUGCCCGGGGAGAAAUAAAGGAGAAAGAAAUGAAUGAACAAAUGAUAUCCCUAAAGGAAAAAUGUGAUAAACAAAGUAAAACUACAAAGGAAGAAGGUGAAAAAAAUAUAAUUGCAGUGAUUUUUAAUUGGAUUAGGAAUUUGCUUGCACCCUUGUGGUCUGAGCUUUGGAAAUAAUGCAUUUUUUCUUCUUAAUUAUGUAUGAUUUGUCAAUGUGCCAGAAUAUAUAUUCCAGACUUCGCUGUAGUGAUUUCUUCUAUCCCACCAGUUUUUCUUGACAUCUCAACUGUUGCUCCUUCUGCUGAGUUAUGGGGACUGUGUUGCAUGCCUUGAAAUUCUAUGGACUCUGUAACUACUUUGGUAA